UAAAAAGCCCGUCCACUCGAUCUCUUCAAAAGAGUCUACUAACUAUUUCGACCAAAAACGAAGGCCUCCAACUUUGAGUUUGAUUCUCAACUAUUAUUGAUAUCGACAUAUUCUAAUUAAUGAGUUGGCACCUUUAUUCACGUUUUGUUCGUAACGUAUAAAAUCGAGAACGACACAUAACGGACGGUCUAAAAUCACUGCAUCGUUUGCAGUCACCAUGCAAUGGAUAUCACAUGUUACCCUUGUCUACCCCAUUUUGGUCAACACGAUCAUUUUACCCCUAAAAUGUGUCGAGGCACACGAACAGCUUGCGUGGUUUGCCACGCAAGGCAAUGAACUACAUACAAAAUUGGUGAGAUCUGCAAGCGAUGAUGGACGGCUUACGCCUCCGGAACUGCAUUUGGCCAAGCCAUUGCUCAGCUCCGAGAGUGAACGAUCGGUGCAGCUUCCAUCAAUGAGACGCGUUAGAUGCAGAAAACGCCCUACUACGACGACGACUCUACCUCCAGACAACUGUGAAGAUACUCUUGAGCCCACUGAACAACUGGGCCGGCUCGUCUACCGUACACCGGAGGGAACCUCGAUAGCAAUAUAUAGCAAUGGGACCCUCCGUGGUCCUGAUUCGAGACCUUACAAGGGGAAAGUUGAUGCGUAUGGAGUGCCGAUUCCUCUAGGUAAAAACGUUAUGGUUUUUGACGGGCACAAUAAUCCUCUGCCUACCGAUGGCUUCAAUCGACCUCUGGGACCUGACGGGUUACCCGAACCAUUGCCAGUUGAUAAUAAAGGCCUCCCAAUUGGUCCCAACGGGAAACCGCUCCCGCGUGACAAACAGAAUCGUACGCUCGGUCCAGAUGGGACACCGUUACCGGUCGACCCUGACGGUCGAGUGCUGCCACCUCCAGGAAAGCCAGUUGAAGUUCCAUACCUUUUAUCGAAGGCCUUCGGGGAGGAUCGAACUUUCCUUUAUCCAAAUGGUACAAAAGUGCCCGUUGAUGCCAAAGGCAGAGCUGUUACACCAGAGGGCACGCCACUGCCCACAGAUACAUAUGGGGUUCCUCUCGGACACAACAAUGAACCGCUGGUAAUAGCCGAUUGGAAAGGAAACCCACUUCCCAUUUAUUUGUUGCCAAAUGGAACCAAAGCCCUAAAAGACACCUUCGGGAGAGCUAUUGCACCAAACGGCAUCCCAUUGCCAAUGAAUUCGUUUGGAGUACCUUUCGGCCCUGAUGGAAAAUUGUUGAGAGCUGCGGACCCUAAAGGAAACCUACUUCCAACGGAUGAACAUGGCAGACCAUUUGAUCGCACGUUUCUCCUACCCAAUGGAACAAAGGUGCCCCUGGACUCCAAGGGGAGAGCACUUGGAGUAGACGGCACGUUAUUGCCAACAAAUCCUUAUGGCGUCCCUUAUGGUCCGGAUAAAAAAUUGUUAACCAUAGCUGAUUCAAUGGGAAAUCCGCUUCUUACAUUUCUUCUGCCGGAUGGCACCAAGGUUCCAAUGGAUGCAAAAGGUAGAGCUGUAUCACCCGACGGCACUCAACUGCCAACAAAUGCUUAUGGUAUACCUUUUGGUCCAGACUAUCAAUUGUUACCAAUUGCGAACUCAAAGGGAUAUCCGCUUCCCACCGACGAAUUUGGCCGGCCUCUUGAUGAGAAUGACUUACCGUUACCGGUACCUAUCGACCAGGACGGCGUCCAUAUUGGACCCAAUGGUCGUCCUUUGCCUACGGACCCGUAUGGCAAACCUACCGGACCAAACGGCAAAGCGCUUCCAGCAGACUAUCAAAAUCGUCAUUUGGGGCCUUUGUAUCCAGUAGGAAAGCCACUCCAGGGUAUACCGCGUGAUGAUAAAGGACGUGUGCUAGGACCUGAUGGUAAACCCGUGAAGUACAUAGACGCUAAAGACAAACCCAUAAAGAUGGAUAAAUAUGGAACCCUUAUUCAUCGGGACGGUGCUCCAGUUCCUACGGAUUCCUAUGGAAGUCCUUUGGGAAAGGACGGAAAACCUCUGCGGAUGAUAGAUCAAACGGAGAAACCAGUUCCAACAGAUUGGUAUGGCCGUCCAUUAGCUCCUAAUGCCACUAGCUAUCCGAUUCCUAAAGACGAACAUGGACGACCGAUUCAACCAAACGGCCUCCCAUUUCCAACGGAUAAGAAAGGUAGGUUUUUGGGGCCUAACGGGAAGCCACUCCCGAAGAACAAGAACGAACAAAUAGUACCGCCACUUGGAAGACCCAUAGCAGGGAGACCCCUAAAAGGGUUACCUCGAGACUCUGACGGAAAGGUUCUUGGUCCAAACGGAGAACCUCUAACAUACCUCGGUCGUGAUGGACGACUUCUUGAUCGGGGUCCAGGAGGUAGAUUUCUAGAUUGGCGUGGAGCUCCGAUGCCUACAGACGCCUAUGGAACACCACUAGAUCCAGAUGGAAGACCCCUUAAACCAGUUGACUCGAGAGGUAACCUUUUACCCGUCGACAUACUCGGACGUCCGCUUAAGCCCAAUGGAGAACCGCUGCCUGUACCGAAAGAUAAAUUAAACAACUUCAUUGCCCCUAAUGGUAUUCCCUUCGAAACGAAUAAAGAAGGUUAUCCUUUAAUGCCUGACGGAGUUCGGUUCCCAAUAAGCCCCACGGUGGAAGUACCCAUUCCCGUGGUCGCUGAUUCGCCGAUGCCUGGCUAUGGAGUAGAUUCUGUGGGUCGUCUGCUCGGACCUGACGGCAAGCCUCUUUCAUAUCUCAAAGCUAAUGGCAUAAAAGUGCCAAUGAGUGACGCAGGUCACCCAUUGUUUGAUGAUGGAAGACGACGGAAAAUUAAUGCGUAUGGCAUACCUCUCGGGCCAGAUGACAAGCCUCUACGAGCAGCGAAUUUGGAGGGUCAGCCACUUCCGAUAGAUGCUUUCGGGAGGCCACUUGACCCCAACGGCAUACCUUUUCCCUUACCCAUUGAUCCAAUCGGUCGUCCAAUAGGACCCGAUGGAAGACCGUUAUCGGUCGACAAAAGCGGAAAAUAUUUGGAUCUCGAUAAUAAACCUUUACCACGGGAUCCGCAAGGAAGAGUUUUAGGGCCCCGAGGUCCGUGCAGUUGUCCCUUAGGACCAGAUCUUAAACCGCUGAGGUACAUAGACCCUGAUGGGCAACUUGCUCCUGUUGAUGAACGUGGCAGGGCCUUAAAUGCAAAAGGGUUUCCUCUGCCGACCGAUGCUUUUGGAACUCCAAUAGGUUUCGACAAAAAGCGUUUUAGACCUGCUAGUUCCUAUGGGCAACCACUUCCUUCUGAUGCUUUCGGUAGGCCACUACACAACGGGAAACCACUGCCAUUACCUAUAGAUGCAAAAGGGAAACCUAUUGGACCAGAUGGUGCUACUUUACUGACAGACUCUGCUGGUCGACCUCUUGGGCCAAAUGGUCAACCGUUGCACCAUGACCAACGAGGAUGGCAUCUGGCACCACUUGCAAGAAAGAUGGUCGCACCUGAUGGGAAACCUCUGAAAUACGUAGAGCCGUCAGGAACCGCUCUGCCUGAUAAUUGGGAAGGCGUUAGGUUAAAGCCUGGUCAUCAGCCGGUUUUGACGGACUUUUACGGAUCGCCACUUGGUCCAGAUAAAAGACCACUUCCGCCGCUCGACUCUGAAGGGAAAGCUGUUCCAACAGACGUAUUUGGCCGCCCGCUGGGGCCUUCUGGAGAACCGCUGCCUCUUCCUGUUGACAACUUGGGCCAACCUAUAGGGCCUGAUGGAAAACCGUUUCUUACAGAUAAAAAAGGACGGCCUCUGCUUUCAAACGGUGAACCAUUACCAGUCGAUAACCAUGGCCAUCCAGUGGCACCCAAAAGCAGUCAGCCGGUGGGCCCAGAUGGAAGUCUAGCAACCUACUUACAAGAAGACGACAAGCCUCUAAAGGCGGACGCGUUUGGAAGAAUACUUGAUCCGGAUGGCAAGCCCUUAAAAGUAAACGCUUUCGGCGUUCCGUUAAACCACGAUGGCAAGCCGUUAACCCCUUUUGAUUCAAAGAAAAGACCUAUAAAAACUGAUCUCUAUGGAAGGCCUCUUGGGCCGCAUGGAGAUCCAAAACCUCUUCCUCUUGACGCGUUUAGACGCCCUAUUGGACCAUAUGGCGAAGCACUUCCAGCAGACGAAAACGGAAAUCCUACUGACUACAACGGUGAUCCUUUAUCUAAAGAUGCACGGGGUCAAUUUGUUGCGCCAUUGGGUAUCCCCGGUCCACCAAUAAAGUUAAAAUUAAAGAAGCUUCCGCAAAACAUAUUAGCAGGAAGGAGUUUCCGUAUACCGAUUCUCAGUGGACUCUCAACACCCACUAGUGACCUAGAAUCAAGACAGCUACAACCACAGAGCACAUUUAAGGCCUCAUUAUACCCGCCUACCAAUAAAACUUUUCCACUAGACAGCAAAGGGAAUAUACGUGAUUUAAAUCUUGUACCUGUCGCAACAAAUGCUUUCAGUGCCCCCCCAGACAAGGACGGUAAGAGUUUAAUGCCAUUUGAUACAAAGCAGAUGUCAAUCGAAACGGAUGCAUACGGUAGGCCAUUGGGAUUAGAUGGAAAGCGAAUGGGUAGAAAAGAAGCUUCCUCUGUUGAGGAAUUCAGGAACCCCAUUGGACCAAACGGGAAAUCGCUGACUAGAGACAGCGGAGAAAGACUUCUUGGAUUUGACGGCAAGUCAUUAUCUAGAGAAACAAACGAACAGUUUGUAGCAUCGCGUACUAACUCAGGAGAUGACCCCAACAAGAUACGGAUUACAUCUAUAGAAAGACGUACAGGUACCGGGUCGACAGAGAACCCUCACAUGGGCGAGUUUGUAGCUGUUUGGGGAAUGUAUCAUCACAACGUCGGACGGCGAAACUUAGGCGGAGCUUCUUCAGAAGAGUUAAGCAAAUAUGGUUUUCGUAAUUGGCCACCGUCUAAGCAAGAAGUGAAUGACCUGGUUCAGGACUCCGUAGAAAAGAAAGAUUAUCUGAAUCUGUUAAGGUGGUGGAAAAGUAUUACAAGCGAAUACCAAGAGCAAAGAAAGUUUUCGAAGCUGGCGUAGUAGGAAUUACGCUACAGGGAAGGCAGAUUGCUCGUGUGAUUUACAUGCUUCACUAAAAAUAAAGGCUGUCUUAGGGUUACUAAAAUAAUGGG